GCGGUUUGAUCGAUAAGCCAACAAGAGCACCGGACCACUACCACACAUGCUAUUGCCUAAGCGGUCUUUCCACUUCGCAAAAUCACAUAGUUUAUGAGAUUGAAAAGGAAAUGGAGUCAAAUAAAAAGCAGAAAGAACAAAUUAAUGCCGGUAUGAGAUCUUUAUUAUGGUCGGAGGAAAUCGUGGAUAUCGUUGUUUUAGGCGAUCCGGAUAAUCUUUUGAAAGCUACGCACCCAAUUCAUAACGUUUCAAUUCCCAAGGUCAAAGAGGUCAAAGAGGUCAGAGAGGAGUCGUCCCCAAAGCUUUUGAUAACAGGAACACCCCUUCCAACACGAACUCACGAAGAAUAUCAAUACCUGGAUCUUAUUCGUCGUAUAAUAGAGUUUGGCGAACCUCGUGAAGAUCGCACUGGCACCGGAACAUAUGCUAUUUUUGCUCCACCCCAGUUACGCUUCUCUCUACGCGACAACAUAGUUCCGUUUCUAACUACCAAACGCGUUUUUUUGCGUGCAGUCAUAGAAGAGUUACUUUGGUUUGUCAAAGGGAGUACCGACAGCAGAUUGUUGGCCGAAAAGGACAUUCACAUUUGGGACGGGAACGGCUCUCGUGAAUACUUGGAUAAGAAUGGACUUUCUCACCGAAAGCAGGGUCAAGGCGUCGACCAACUUCAAGAGGUUAUCGACAAAAUUAAGUUUAAUCCGCAGGAUAGGCGCAUCAUCCUAAGCGCCUGGAACCCUUCUGGUAACGUCCGGAUUUCACAUCCCGCACAAGUCUAG